CCUCCCUCAGUCAGAGUGCACUGCUGCAGCUGGGACCUACUGCAGGUGCUGAGGGCGAAGACAAUGACAUGCGUCAUGCAGUCCUCUCCGUCCCCGUGCUAAUCUCCCUGCAGUCGUCUCUGGCCCUGGGCUCGUGGCUGUCAGAGCUGCAGCGCGGUGCCAGCGCGCUGGACCCCCACCGCAUCGCCCCCAGCUUCCUCUCCCAGGAGCCUGAGCUGACCGACUUCCAGGAGUCCUUGGAGCAACUCCGCCUCCUCUGCCACUGUUACAGUGAUGACAGCGGUGGGAUGAUGCGCUCCUCCUCGGAAGAGGACAACGAUGUUUGACAGUGAUGAUUGAUUGAUUGACUGACAACUGCUGAACCGCAAGAGUCAUUUUAUUUUCUGUCUUCUGCAUUUUUUAGCCCAGAAUGAUUCUUUGCACUCCAUACCAUCUGAAUAGAUGGGUCUCGAUUGACCUCGACUGGUAUUGACAGACCCACUUAGUCCACAUUGUAUAGGCAUCUGUGGAUCUGAUUGCUUUCAGACUCCGUGAGACUUGAUAAGGAUUUUGAAUUCUGGUUGGAAAGAAUGGACUGGCUGUUUGAGAUGGUGACAGAGAAAGGUUACGGUAAAAGGUUGAGGUUUUAACUGACAAAAGAUA